UCUCAGUUUCCUUUGCUGGCUCCUCUUCCACUGUUUUACCUCAAAACUUUGAAGUUUCUUAGGGCUUAUUCCUGCGGACCUUUCUCAUGGUUGUAAAGGCCACCCAUGAGAAAGACAGCUGGUACCUUCCAGAAUUCAUUCUACCAUUCUCUAUCAAUCACAGAGCCUCUAUUUUUAGCCGGGCACAUUGCGCCUAGUUAAAAGGCGACAUUUCUCAUCGUAGCUCAUUAUUUUGGCCAAUGAGAUGCCAGCAAAAAUGCGUGGGACUUCCAGCGCAGUCUCUUAAAAAGAAAAGGGUGCACUUUUCCCCCUCUCUCCUGCAUGCUUCCAAAGGUGGAGCGCAAUGAGGUAAACUUAAGAUUGGAAACCAAGCGCUGAGCGUAGCAGAGCAGCUCAAAACUGCCUACCUUUGGACUUCUUUUUUGUGAAGAAAGAAAUCAAUUUCUAUCUUGCAUGCUCACAUCCCACCAGGAAGCCUGCGUACAGCAGAGGACAGACACCUCCGGGGGAAAGAAACGCUGGGCCUCCUUCCGCAAUUGUGAAGUAACCUAAGUAUCUUUUGCUGGAAGUGGCAAUCAGCCUAUCCGCGAGGAAAGGCAAACCGAAAACUCCCAUCUCGAGGAUGAAGGCGGUAGGGGGUAUAGAAUUGGGGAACGGGGCCAAGAAAAGCAGUUGGAUGUGUGGCUCCUCAAGAUGGCUGCCCCGAACCCCAUGACCGGGAGGAAGCGGAGCUCCGCCCCAGCGCGCCGGGCCCCACCCCACUCGGCCCCGCCCAGCGCCACCCCCCUCCGGGGGGGGGCGGUGCGGGUUGUGAGGUGUCUCAGCGAAGCGCCUGCGCAGUGGGCAGCGGCGCGCGGGGCGGAGGCUUUAUAAUCACUUCGACGCGGCCGCUCGGCUUCUACCUCGGGGAGGGCGGCCAAUGCGGCGGCGGUCGCCGCGCCGGUUGAGGGGGCGCUGAGGCGGGAGCAGUGGUGGCGCUGGGCGCCCCUCGCUCCUGGGCCUCUGGGGGCCAUGGGCUCCGAGAAGGACUCCGAGUCGCCGCGCUCUACAUCUCUACACGCGGCCGCGCCCGACCCCAAGUGCCGCAGCGGCGGCCGGCGCCGGCGCCUCACCUUCCACAGUGUCUUCUCCGCCUCGGCCCGCGGCCGCCGCGCCCGGGCCAAGCCGCAGGCCGAGCCGGCGGAGGCGGAGGCCGCGGCGGCGGCCGGGCCCGGGUUCGACGAUGAGGAGGCGGCGGAGGGCGGCGGCCCCGGCCCGGAGGAGGUGGAGUGCCCGCUCUGCCUGGUGCGGCUGCCGCCCGAGCGGGCCCCUCGUCUCCUCAGCUGCCCGCACCGCUCGUGCCGGGACUGCCUCCGCCACUACCUGCGCCUGGAGAUCAGCGAGAGCCGGGUGCCCAUCAGCUGCCCCGAGUGCAGCGAGCGACUCAACCCGCACGACAUCCGCCUGCUGCUCGCCGACCCGCCGCUCAUGCACAAGUACGAGGAGUUCAUGCUGCGCCGCUACCUGGCCUCGGACCCCGACUGCCGCUGGUGCCCGGCCCCGGACUGCGGUUAUGCUGUUAUUGCCUAUGGCUGUGCCAGCUGCCCAAAGCUGACCUGUGAGAGGGAAGGCUGCCAAACGGAGUUCUGCUACCACUGCAAGCAAAUAUGGCAUCCAAAUCAGACAUGCGAUAUGGCCCGUCAGCAGAGGGCACAGACUUUGCGAGUACGGACAAAGCACACUUCAGGUCUCAGUUAUGGGCAAGAAUCUGGACCAGAUGACAUCAAGCCAUGCCCACGAUGCAGUGCUUACAUUAUCAAGAUGAAUGAUGGGAGCUGUAAUCAUAUGACCUGUGCAGUGUGUGGCUGUGAAUUCUGUUGGCUUUGUAUGAAAGAGAUCUCAGACUUGCAUUACCUCAGCCCCUCUGGCUGCACAUUCUGGGGCAAGAAGCCGUGGAGCCGUAAGAAGAAAAUUCUUUGGCAGCUGGGCACACUGAUUGGUGCUCCAGUGGGGAUAUCCCUCAUUGCUGGCAUUGCCAUUCCUGCCAUGGUCAUCGGCAUUCCUGUUUAUGUUGGCAGGAAGAUUCACAGCAGAUAUGAGGGAAGGAAAACCUCCAAACACAAGAGGAAUUUGGCUAUCACAGGAGGGGUGACUUUGUCAGUCAUUGCAUCCCCAGUCAUUGCUGCAGUUAGUGUGGGUAUUGGUGUCCCCAUUAUGCUGGCUUAUGUCUAUGGGGUUGUGCCCAUUUCUCUCUGUCGUGGAGGCGGCUGUGGAGUUAGCACAGCCAAUGGAAAGGGGGUGAAAAUUGAGUUUGAUGAAGAUGAUGGUCCAAUCACAGUGGCAGAUGCCUGGAGAGCCCUUAAGAACCCCAGCAUUGGGGAGAGCAGCAUUGAAGGUCUGACUAGUGUAUUGAGCACCAGCGGAAGCCCUACCGAUGGACUUAGUGUUAUGCAGGGUCCAUACAGCGAAACAGCCAGCUUUGCAGCCCUCUCAGGGGGCACGCUGAGUGGUGGCAUUCUUUCCAGUGGCAAGGGAAAAUAUAGCAGGUUAGAAGUUCAAGCCGAUGUCCAAAAGGAAAUUUUCCCUAAAGACACAGCCAGUCUUGGUGCAAUUAGUGACAACGCAAGCACUCGUGCUAUGGCCGGUUCCAUAAUCAGUUCCUACAACCCACAGGACAGAGAAUGCAACAAUAUGGAGAUCCAAGUGGACAUUGAAGCCAAACCAAGCCACUACCAGCUGGUGAGUGGAAGCAGCACAGAGGACUCACUCCACGUUCACGCCCAGAUGGCAGAGAAUGAAGAAGAAGGUGGUGGCGGUGGCGGCAGUGGCGGCAAUGAAGAGGACCCCCCCUGCAGACACCAAAGCUGUGAACAGAAAGACUGCCUGGCCGGCAAGCCUUGGGACAUCAGCCUGGCCCAGCCCGAGAGCAUCCGCAGUGACCUGGAGAGCUCUGACACGCAGUCGGACGAUGUGCCGGACAUCACCUCGGAUGAGUGUGGCUCCCCUCGCUCCCAGACGGCAGCCUGCCCCUCCACUCCCAGAGCCCAAGGUGCACCGAGCCCAAGUGCCCAUAUGAACCUCUCUGCCCCAGCCGAGGGGAAGACUGUCUUGAAGCCAGAAGGUGCAGAAGGCAGAGUAUGAAGUGGAAUGAAUGCUCCUGUUCUGAGAAGCACACUUGUAACUGCAUCUUUUGGAAUUUUUUUGUUGGGGGGGGGUGGUGGGCGGGAAUUUAUGUAUUUUAUUUCAAAUAUUCUCUGGUCACAGGUUUUCCCCAGGGAAAUUCUGAGAAAUUUGCUAUUUCUUACCAGAUAAAACAUGGAAAUUUUUGCCCUUCGUCCCACCCCCCAACCCCUUCCCUCCUUGUUUUAGUUUUAAUUUAUUGGUUAAACUGAAAGUGGCAAUCCGUGAGGUGUGUCAAAGAGUGUACAGAUGUAUGUGUGUAUAUUGUACGUAUGCUAACAUAUUACUGAAAGAAACACAUUUUAAUAAAGAUUUCUGUCGUCAUUCAA